AUGAUGAAGGUGGUUUCAAGGGGUGUGAAGAUGAAAAUGAUGGUGAUGGUAUUAAUGGUGAUAGUAGUUACAGAAGCAAAGGAAUACAUGAAAUACAAAGACCCAAAACAGCCAUUAAAUGCAAGAAUCAGAGACUUGAUGAAGAGAAUGAGCCUUGAAGAAAAGAUUGGGCAGAUGACUCAGAUUGAGAGGAUGCAUGUCUCUCCAACUCUACUCAAGAAAUAUUUCAUAGGGAGUGUUUUAAGUGGAGCUGGGAGUAGUCCAUCUCCCAAGGCAUCUGCAGAGGAAUGGGUGAAAAUGGUGAACACUUUUCAAAAGGCAGCUCUUUCGACUCGGCUCGGAAUACCUAUCUUCUAUGGCGCUGAUGCUACCCACGGCAACAACAAUGUCUACAACGCUACUAUUUUCCCUCACAAUGUCGGCCUCGGAGCCACCAGAGAUCCAGCCCUUGUCAAGAGGAUUGGAGCAGCCACUGCACUUGAAGUUAGAGCAACGGGAAUCAACUACAAUUUCGCACCCAGCCUUGCUGUUUGCAGAGAUCCAAGAUGGGGCCAAUGUUUCGAAAGCUAUAGUGAAGAUCCUAAGGUGGUUCGAGCAAUGACAGAAUUCAUACCCGGUUUACAGGGCGACAUUCCUGCCAGUUCCAGAAAGGGUGUCCCCUUUCUUGCUGGAAAGGCAAAGGUCGCAGCCUGUGCAAAAGGUUUUGUAGGCGAAGGAGGAACCGUAAACGGCAUUGAUAAGAACAACACAGAGCUUGACUUUCAUGGAUUGCUCAGCAUUCACAUGCUUCCAUACCUGGAUUCAAUCAGAAAGGGUGUCAUCUCAGUCAUGGUGGCUUAUUCAAGCUGGAAUGGCAAGAAAAUGCAUGCUAACCGUGAUCUACUUACAGGUUUCCUAAAACACAAGCUCAAAUUCAGGGGCCUCAUCAUAUCAAGUUGGCUUGGCAUUGACAGAAUUACAGAUCCACCUCAUUCAAACUAUUCCCAUUCAAUUGAAGCUGGUAUUCUUGCAGGAAUAGACAUAGUCAUGCUGGAAGAUAAUCUCACAGAAUUUAUUGAUGAUCUGACCUACCAAGUGAAGAGCAACAAUAUCCCAAUGAGCAGGAUAGAUGAUGCCGUGAGGAGAAUAUUAAGGGUGAAGUUCACCAUGGGUCUCUUUGAAAACCCCUUCGCCGACCUUAGCUUGUUAAACCAACUUGGCAGCCAGAAUCAUCGGGAAUUGGCCAGGGAAGCAGUGAGAAGAUCACUAGUGCUUCUGAAAAAUGGUAAAAGUGCUAAUCAGCCAUUGCUUCCUCUUAAAAAGGAUGUGCAGAAAGUACUUGUUGCAGGAACUCAUGCUGAUAAUCUUGGAUAUCAAUGUGGAGGCUGGACAGUUGAAUGGCAGGGUGUCCAAGUCAGUGAUCUCAUAGUUGGAACCACAGUCUUAAAUGCUAUCAGAAAGACAGUAGACCCUUCCACUCCAGUUGUCCACAUGAAAAACCCUGGCAUGGAUCUAGUGAAGUCACAAAAUUUCUCUUAUGCCAUCGUUGUUGUGGGUGAGGUCCCAUAUGCUGAGGAAAAAGGAGACAGCACAAACCUAACUAUAAUUGAACCAGGUCCAAGUACUAUCAGGAACGUCUGCAGGGUUGUCAGAUGCGUUGUUGUUAUCAUAUCUGGGCGUCCAGUGACAAUUGAGCCUUACCUAGAUAAGAUAGACGCACUUGUCGCAGCUUGGCUUCCAGGAACAGAGGGCCAAGGUGUAGCUGAUGUCCUAUUUGGUCAAUAUGGCUUCACUGGAAAACUUCCUAGAACAUGGUUCAAAUCAGUCGACCAGCUCCCCAUGAAUGUAGGUGAUCCACAUUAUGAUCCUUUGUUCCCAUUUGGAUUUGGCCUGACAACUUAACCUAGGCAAGGGUGCUAAAUCUUUAGUGAUAGUUACUUAGUAUUACUAGCACCAAUGCAUUACUGAUGAAUAAUUACUAAAAGGAACUGCCAGUAAGUUUUGCUUA